AUGUAUACUCACCGAUUAUUGCCGACGCACCCCGCGUGGAUUUACGCUACCCAAUUGAUGCAACUGGAGUGUCUUGGGUAUGCCUACAGAUGCUGGAGAAGACAAUGGAAAGGCGAGGGUCAGAGAUACUCGGGAGGUGCCAUAGUCUGGCAAAUCAACGACUGCUGGCCGGUAGCUUCGUGGGCUCUCGUUGAUUAUUACCGUCGUCCCAAACUAGCUUUUUACUCGGUCAAGAGAGAAAGUCGGACCGUGGGAGUUGGAAUGUACAGAACUGAAGAGAAACAUACUCCAGAACAAGCCAAAGCUGUAUCCGAAGCUGGACCACCACAUGACUACAGCAAAGCUGAUCUUUACGUUGAUAUUUGGGGAGUCAAUUCCAGUGUCGUUGAUAUCCCAGCAAUAUUGAAGGUUGAUAUCUAUAACGUUACAUCCGGCGAAAAGGUGGAUUCGUUGGACGAUAGGGCAAUUGUGUUGAAACAGAACCAGACAACGGAGCUUGUUUCUCGUCACUUUCUCAAAUACGAUUUUCCAGUUGUGGUCUACAGCAGAUUUGUAUCUGAAGACGGCUCUGUUAUUGGAAGCGCUGCCGACUGGCCACAGCCACUCAAGUAUCUCAAGUUUAAUGACAGAGAGAUUUCAUUCAGAGUUGAGGAAAACAAAAUUGUUCUCUCUGCUAAUAAGCCUGUCAAGGGAGUCGAGGUGGUUCUCAAGAACGACUUGUUCUUGGAGGAUAACGGAUUUGACAUUUUUCCUGGAGAUGAAAAGGUUGUUGGUGUCCAGGGUAUUAGAGAGGAAGAUGUGGAGUCUGUCAGGUACUACGGAAAUUAG